AUGACGGAUAGAAGUAACGGGGCGGUGUACGUGUGCGAUGUUACCAUCACGGAUCCCAUCAGCACAAGGGAUCCUCACGCAGAGAAGGGCAGGGGAUGGGCGGCACGAGAGCAGGCCGACAAGAAAAUCCAGCACUACGCUAACUGCCCGGAGACGGUCGGCUUCUUCCCUCUAGCUGUGGAUACCUAUGGCUGCCCAUGCGCCGAGGUACCGGUGUUCCUCAAACUCUUAGCAGACACGGCGGCUCGGCGCCACUUCAACGCCGACUCCAAGUCCUUUCACUCCGCUAAGUUUCUGCAUCAGUUUAGACAGAGAUGGUCGGUGGCCCUUCAGAGGGCCCAAUAUGUGGGCCUUCUACUCAAGCUAGCUAUAUCAAUACAAGGACCAGAGAGAGAGAGAGAGAGAGAGAGAGAGAGAGAGAGAGAGAGAGAGAGAGAGAGAGAGAGAGAGAGAGAGAGAGAGAGAGAGAGAGAGAGAGAGAGAGAGAGAGAGAGAGAGAGAGAGAGAGAGAGAUUCUUCUCUUUUGUUUUCUUGUGUCGUGUCGUUUCUCGUUAA